AUGUGUGUGUGUGUGUGUGUGUUGGCUUCCGCCGUGACUUGCCGUGUUGUUGUUGUUGCCGUUUUCUGUGUGCAAUUGUUUUCCAUGUUGUUCCUUCUGUGUUCUCUCGAGUCCCGCUCUCUGCGUGGGUGCUCUGCUCCGCUUCCCAGUGACGUGUCUGAUGUAUUGCCGCUGUUUCUGCCUUCUCCACUUCUUGGACACAGACACGCUAGGAAAGAAAGCAACCAAACGCAAAUCGCUACUGUGAAAUUCGAAGGCUCUGAAAGGACCAGCAGCACACAAAAACACCGCCCACACACAAAUAUUUAUAUGCUCUCACGUGUUGCUGCUGUCAUGGCACCCCGCACACACAACCGUUGCCGCGUGACCGGAUCCAGCGGAAGGAGGAGGGAAGGAAGAGAAGGUGAGCCGCCGAGGCCCAACAUGUUCCGGCAUCACUUCUGUUCUGCGGUGCUGCUCCUCUUUGUCGUGAUGUGCUGCGGCAGUGGAGCUGCGGCCGCUGGCGGUAAAACAAGGAAUGCCAUUGAUCCGUUUAAGGGGACGACGUCGAUAUCAUUUGCUAAUUGGAAGGAGUUUAAGGAGGCCGGAAGCAAAAUCACCUCGCUCCGUGUUCCUGGCCUCGUUAAAGUGGGUGAUGAUGUAUUUGCCGUGGCGGAAGCGCAGUGCGGGGAAAGGAAUGGAGCCGACAGCUCUGCUUGGAUUGUGUCAAAGCACCUGGAUAUAAGGGGUGACUCAAUGGAUAUUUCGACGUCGGAUAUAAGUUUGUUUUGCAUGCAGCUUGUGGACGCCGCCGCGAAUAAUUUUGGGACAACAGAAGUGUUGCGGCCAACUACAGUUGUAAUUGAGGACAGCGUCUACAUGCUGGUGGGGAAAUAUAGCCAUAAAAAGGAGCAGAUUCAAGGUACGAAUGAGCCAGCCCUUUUACUCGUGAAGGGAACUGUCACGGUGGAUGGUGGAAAGAAGAAAAUAAGAUGGAAUGAGACCCAUGUGGUGAACCCUCAAGGAAAAGGAAAAUCUCUUUUCUUGACCAAGUUAAUUGGCGGUGGAGGAUCGGGUGCUGUGAUGCGUGACGGCGCGCUUGUGUUUCCCAUGCAGGCCAAAGAGGAGGAUGGAACCAGCGUUUUGCUGUCUAUGCGUCUCCCCAAUUCAGGGAACAAAUGGGAGCUCUCAUCCGAGACGACUGGUAAGGACUGCAGGGAUCCAACCCUGGUGAGGUGGGAAGAAAGCGAAGAAGACGAAAGACUCUUCAUGAUGGCUCAUUGUGCUGGAGGCUACUAUGACGUUUACAGGUCCAUUUUGGAUGGAGUCAAUUGGUAUGGGCACUUAAAACCAAUUACCCGCGUGUGGGGCAACUCACAUGAUCGAGCAGGGUACGGUGUCCAGAGUGGAUCCACCACCGCAAUCAUUGAGGGAAAGAAGGUGAUGCUCAUCACCGCGCCGGUGUAUGCGAAGGACAAUGAAGGUGGAAAAGGUCGGCUUCAUCUUUGGGUGACGGACAAGGCUCGUGUGUAUGAUGUUGGGCCGAUAUCCCGUGGAGAUGAUGACGCCGCCGCCAGCUCUCUGCUGGUGAAGAGUGGGAAGGAUAAUAAGGAGGAGUUGAUUUCACUGUACGAAAACAAGAAGGACGACGGAUCAUACAAUCUUGUUGCUGUGCGUCUGACCGAGAAACUGGAGCGGAUAAAGGAAGUUGUGAAGACAUGGAAGGAUUUGGACAGCGCCUUGAGAACAUGCAGUUCCGUUUCCAGCGGCACUGUUGACGCGCGCAAAAAGGGUAUGUGCAAUGGUCGUGUUCCCACUGAUGGGCUUGUUGGCUUUUUGUCUGGUAACAUCUCUGAGAACACAUGGAGAGACGAGUACCUCGGCGUGAAUGCAAAAGUGACGAAUGGGGAGCCAAGGGUUCCCAAUGGAUGGACGUUCAAAGGGUCCAGAGCAGGGGCGGUGUGGCCUGUUGGCGACAUGGGGCAGACUGUGCCGUACUACUUUGCAAACAACAAGUUCACUCUUGUGGCGACGGUUUCCAUCCACGAGGUGCCGCAGAGUGGCAGCAUCCCUUUGAUUGGCGUGAGGAUGAAUGACACCAGCAGCACGGUCCUCUUUGGUCUGUCGUACACCCAUGAAAAGAAGUGGCUGGCCAUAACAGAGGAUGCUGCUGAUCCGGAGGAUGUUGUUGAUAUUGUUAAAUGGGAGCCAAACAAGACGUAUCAGGUGGUACUGAAAAUGGAUUAUGAUGAAUGGACUGUCAUUGUGGAUAAAAAGGAAAUCCACAACAAGAAAUAUGAUAAGAACCUGUUCAACUCGCACAGGAUCUCACACUUCUACAUCGGUGGGGACAGUAAGGACCGAAGUGCAACGGGCGGCCAUGUUACUGUGACUAACGUCAUGCUGUACAACGAGGAACUGUUGAGAAAUGAUCUGCGUAAACUCAAAACCAGCAAAGUCACUAUUCCAUCACUGGGUGUUGAGGAACAGCCCACAGGACAGGUGGCUGGCACAGACGUCUCAGUUGCUUCCGAGUCAAGGAGUGAAGAAAGCGCCAUCUAUGAGGAAUUGACUGAGGAUGAUACUGAUGAACAAGAGGAAGAAAGCGUCGAUGAUCCGGUGCCUGCAGCGCCCUCUUCCACAGAUGCCGCGGGAUCGUCUGUUCCUGAACCCGCCACUGCAGCGGAGAGUGCAGGGAAUUCUCUUCCAGAGAACAAUGUCCAGCUUUUCGAAGGCGAAACGUCUCAGCAAGCCACGCCGCAUGAAGACAAUGAAUCGAUGCAGCGGGAUUCGAAGGUGCAGACACAAGAACUACCGUCAGAGGAGCCAGCGGAGUUCACUGAUUUUGAAGGAUCCUCUGAAAGUUAUGAUACAGAACAGCCAGUGGAGGAGGAAGAAGCGAAUGGCGGGAGUGGCGAAUCAACGUCUCCAGUGACUGCGUCGUUGAGUGUGGAAACGGUCACCGCACCAGCUGACGGUGAGCACCAAGUGCGACAAAGCAUUGAGCUUUCCGCUGAAAACAACGACGUGCGGUCCACUGGAACCAGAACCACCGGCACGGAGCGAAGCCUCAGCCUCGAGGCGGGGGACGGAAGUUCCGAGAGAACAAUGGGCUCAGGCAGCAGCCCCACUCCUUCAAAGAGUGACGCCGAACCGACGUCCGCGGAGAACACCGACGACGUCUCUUGGACUGAAGGAGCCGAAUUCUCUUUUGAAGACGGCAAGGAGGCGCCACAGCCGGUCGACACCGCACCGGGUAAUACAAGCACAACGCCUGGGGAAACCAAGAUCCCAUCGGAGUCCAACGCAACAAUACCCUCGGACACUGAAAUUUUGCUUGAGCACGGGCAUUUGGGCGAGUUGGCGGCCAUGUAUCUAAUUGGUGACAGCACCGUGCAAGUGUGUGUGUCUCGGGUGUUGUUGCUGCUGCUUCUGGGGCUGUGGGGCACUGCGGCUCUCUGUUGA